GGCUCGAUUACAUUGCGCUCAAUUCGGUAAGUUUAUUUUAAAAUGGCUGCGGAAGCACCGAGACAGCUAUGCUUAGAGCGGAGGUGAGGUUGAGUAAGUUGCAGCAACGUAUCAUCAUGGUCCGAUCGUGGAGCCGACAACAACCUGCCCCGUCGACAGCCCACCUGUAGAAUCAACAUGGCACAUUCCACGGAGGGGACCAACAACCGGAGAGGAAGUGAUGCUGCUGGAGGAACCAUAAUGAAGAAUGGCAUGGUCAGCAUAGACCCCAUUUCCACAGCACAACUAAGCCCAGACCUCCACAACCACCAUGAGCACAACAAGCCCCCCCCCUCACCCAGCACUCCCUGCCCAGUUAUAAGGCCUCUGCCGAGCACUACGGCAGCCCCCAGUGGGGCCAUGAUGACCAGGACUGCAACAGCCUGGCCUCCCAGGACUCUGGCAUCCCCACCCUGGAGAUCAACCACCCUGAGCACAUCCACGCCCACCCACACCCAGGAGAGAGUGGCUUUACCCUGGGGUCGAACCACCACGACCAGGGCCCCGCUACUCUCUCUCUGGACCAGUCUGGAGACAGCGCUGGCCUCUGCAAGUCCUCCACCUUCCCCCGCAGCAACUAUGACUUGGUGCGCCUCUUCAGCCCCGCCCCCAGGUCCAGCGCUGGUGUGGGAGUCGUUGCGAUGGGGAUGAGUGGCGUGGGAGGCAGAGCCCUGAACCGCAGCGACGACAUCUCGGUGUGCAGCGUGUCGAGUCUGAGCACGGAGCUCUCUGCCACGCUGUCGGCGUCGAACGAGGACAUCCUGGACUUCAUGGUCACCUCCGACUCCAGCGCCAUCGUCACCAUGGAGACUGACAAUGGCGGGAGCGCCCACUUCUCAGACGUGGCGCUGUCGUUAUCGCCAGGCGGUGAUAUCGGCGGGGUCUGCGGAGUCCGCGGCGGAGACACAUGGGUCCGGGGGCAGAGGAUGAGGGCAAGCCCAAGAUGCUGGGGCCACUGGCUAGCUUCUUCAACCGGAGUCUGUUUGUCAAGAAAGUGAAGGACACUCGGCCAGUGGAGCAGAAAGACCCAGGCUGGAAGCUGUUUGGGAAAGUCCUCCCUAGAGAGUGCUCAGUGAAACACCCCCAGAAAAUACAGAAGGAAUAUGAAACUAACAGUAGCAGAGAUGGACCUGGCCACAAUCCCCCGUCUCCCAGACAGAGUGUGAGGAAGAAUCUGGACUUUGAACCCCUCUCCACCACAGCACUUAUACUGGAGGACCGCCCUGCUAACCUGCCAGCCAAGCCUGCAGAGGAGGCUCAGAAACACAGACAACAGUAUGAGGAGAUGGUGGCCCAAGCGAAGAAGAGAGAGCUCAAGGAGGCCCAGAAGAGGAGGAAGCAACUGGAGGACAGGUGCAAGCUGGAGGAGAGCAUCGGCAACGCCGCCCAGACCUGGAACCAGGAGAUUCUGCCCAACUGGAGUGCCAUGCGUACGUCUCGGCGGGUCAGGGAGCUCUGGUGGCAGGGCGUGCCCCCAAGUGUCAGGGGCAAGGUCUGGAGCCUGGCGGUGGGCAACGAGCUCAACAUCACCCACGAGCUGUUUAACAUCUGUCUGGCCAGGGCAAGGGAGAAGUGGAAAUCUAUGCCUACUGCACCACCCACUGAACCAGAGACUGAAGAUGCAAGUUCGUCCCUGGCGGACAGAGAGGCCAGUCUGGAGCUGAUUAAACUGGAUAUCUCCAGAACCUUCCCACACCUCUGUAUCUUCCAACAGGGAGGGCCAUACUACGACAUGCUGCACAGCAUCCUGGGAGCAUACACCUGCUAUAGGCCAGACGUUGGCUAUGUGCAGGGCAUGUCGUUCAUCGCGGCGGUGCUGAUCCUCAACCUGGACACGCCGGACGCCUUCAUAGCUUUCGCCAACCUGCUGAACAAGCCCUGUCAGAUGGCCUUCUUCAGAGUGGACCACAGCCUUAUGUUGAAGUACUUUGCAGCAUUUGAAGUGUUCUUUGAAGAAAACCUACCAAAGCUGUUUCUACAUUUCAAGGAAAACAACUUGACCCCCGAUAUUUAUUUAAUUGACUGGAUCUUCACCCUGUACAGUAAGUCGCUGCCGUUGGACCUGGCGUGUCGGGUGUGGGACGUGUUCUGUCGCGACGGUGACGAGUUCCUGUUCCGGGUGGCCCUGGGCAUCCUGCGCCUAUACGAAGACGUGUUGACCCGCAUGGACUUCAUCCACAACGCCCAGUUCCUCACCCGCCUUCCUGACCACAUCUCCCCCGACCAGCUCUUCUCACACAUCCACGCCGUCCACAUGACAAGCAAGAACAGGAAAUGGGGGCAGGUUCUUCAGGCCUUGCAGGAGCGGAACAGUCCAGUCCUAAAGCGCUGAGUCCAGUUAAUCAGGAGCAAAAUGACACAGACACUAGCUCAUUCUCCGAUCCAGUACUCCACCUGACCAUAUGAAACACUGGACGAGCCCAGGCCAGGCUGUGUGUGAGAGCUGCCAUCUGGGCCCCGGAUAGACAUGCCCUCCCUGGCAUGGACCUACCCAGGCUCGGCGUGUUCACGGAUGGGGAAAACCAGCCACUGUGUUCCCCCUGGACCUGGUUCAUGGAGCAGAGACACUGGAGGUCUGGAAAAGACUGGGGUAAGGGGGUACGAGGAUUUAUUAUGAUCCCCCCCUCAGCACAUGUUGUGUACCCCUUCCCCAAAUCGAACCGGGCAGACGAAGGAUGCUCUCGAAUGUACUGUACACUCCCAAAUGUCUACAGCACGGAUGUUCCUCUUUAUCUCUCCUCACUCUUUCUCUCACUUUUUCACUCCCUGUGUCUCUCCUCUUUCUCACUUUCUCCUCUCUUUCUACCUCUACUCCCAGCCUCUGUUGCCAUUGGUCAUUCCUGCAAAUCAGCUGCGAUUUUUACUGUUAGCCUUUGUUUUUUUUGUUUUUUUUUGGUUUGAAUGUGGUUUCAACGUGUUUUUAAUUUGUUUGCCGUUUAUUCGUUUGUUUUUAUUUGUUUCCGUACCAUUCUAUGACGUAAAGACUCCCAAGGAGAAGCCGUGGGUGUUUGUGAUUUGGGGACAACUGUUCAUCGUCUUGAAAAGAGGGGGUAGUGAAUUGAUUUUAUUCUUCUGAAGAUUCAUCAGAAAUACAACAAAUAGCCUAUUUCUUUUGGUAUGUAGUAUUGUUUGAGACACCACAAUGUUACGGUUCACUUUUUAAAGAAACAUUUGACCAAAAUGGAAAAUAAGCUACUUGGAAAAAUAAAUGAAGUGAUAUUUAAUGAUGUCCUACACAUACACUAAAGUGGUUUUAAACUGGAACAGCUAAGGUGGAUUAUGAGAAUCUUCUGUGUCGUUGUGUGACACACACACCAUAUUGGUUGCAUUUUUUUCUGUUAUUUUCUUUUUUGCACAUUUCAUUUGUCAUCAAUGAGCUAUUCUGUUUUCUUUGUUUCUAUUUGAAGUGUCAUAUCUUAAUAUAUGUAACGGUUUGAUUUUGAA